AUGGCCGAAAUAUUUGGUGCCGUGGCCAGCGGUAUCGCCAUCGCCCAACUCCCUGCUUCAAUAACAAGAAGCAUCAUUACGAUCAAAGAAAGCUGGAGCCAGGUUCGGGAUGCGCCUGUGGAGAUCAAUAACCUCAUCCGCCAAAUUGACUCCCUCAACCUCAUAUUGCAACAAAUAGGAGAUGACCAAUCACGGGAAGAUAUGCCACAGUUGUCAGCUACUAAUCUAUGCGUGCGGCAGAGCUUGGAGUUGUGCCAGGAAGGCGCUGCUGAGCUUGCUGGAUUAGCCAAUGACCUGGCCCAGAAAAUACAAGGAAAGAAUGGAUGGCGAAAGAAACUAGGUUCUGCAAUAAUAGUGCUAAAGAAGGAAGAUGUGAAGAAGUUGAAGAGUAGGAUGAAGAAUGCUAUCCAGCUACUCUCAUUGUCCUAUCAAUUCCAUACGAAGUACGUUCCCACCCUGCACUCAGAGAAAUUUACUCAUCUAGCUAGCGCUAUGGCACGUUUACAGCCAGAAAUUAUAGUAGCAAGACUAUCCAAUCAUCUGACUUCGAUCACCGCCAUCGACACAACUUGUUUACAGCCCCACCAGCGACAAUCGAAGGACGGGGCCUCGAAGGACCUCGUUACUAGGCAAUACGACGUUUGGACAUCCUCAUCUUCAUGGAUGCGCUUCCUCGCUGGACAAUUCGAGUUCCGGAGUCGAGUGAAAACCUGCAAGGGCAAAGAGAGGCAGGAAUUUUACGCCAAAUAUAAGUUCCCUGACUUGCUAUCGAGCUGUCAGGUCGAUUCUUGGGGAUUUCGCAGCCUCUCCGGUUGGUGCAUAAAUCCGCAGAUGUAUCGGGUCCUGCCAGAAGAUUCGUUGUUCUUCACUGCGGUCAAGGACGGGGAUACUUCAAGUGUUCGGCAGAUGCUAACCGAGAGGCAUGCAUGGGUCACAGAUAGAAUAGAUGAUUAUCCGAGCAACUGUACGGCUCUCCAUGUAGCAGCAUCUCAUGGUGAUAUUGGAAUGUGCAAACUACUGCUUUCCCAUGGCGCUGAUCCCCUCGCUCUCGACUCAAAUCAAGAGACACCACUGCAUUUUCUGAUUCAAAGGGGAGCAUCUUUAUCGUUCUGGCAAGGACUCGACCUGUUAGAAUUAUAUCGACUACUUCUUAACGCAGGAGCGGAUGAAAUCCUCAUCGACAACGUUGACGUCUUCAAGAGCUACCAUGGACCAGUGAAUAACUUGAAGUAUCUGCAACAGCAAGCGUAUCCGCCAUGGGGCAAGGCUCCCUUGCGCCUUAGGCUAGAUGUAGCUGCUGCACAGCUCACAACCACCUGGCAUAACGUGCCCGCAGUAGUUGAAACCUUACUAGAUAACAACGGCAAAAUUAAUGCUGAGAUAGCUGAAUGGACCAAUGAAAAGGAGCAGACACUUCUUCAUCUGGUUUUGAGCGGAUUUGCUAAAGUUCAAAUUAGUUCGUACGGGGCCAACGCGGCCCACACUCAGAGCUAUCUUGAUGGUAGUCUUGAGACACAGGAUCUUGAAACUAGCGACGACAUUUUAAAGAUUGAUUCUCUGUUAUAUCGACACUUUGUACGCAAACUCAUCUCGGCAGGAGCUUCCCUGCAGUCAAUUGAUAGUGAUAGCCAUACUCUUCUCACAGGGAUGAUAUACGGUUUUCUCAAUAGAUAUGUUACAUUUCCCCCGAAUUGGAAUGUUGGAAGAACACUCAAAGCUCUGAAUGAAAUGUUGGGGGACUGGUUGUUUAGUUUGCUUGAAUGCGGGGUCGAUCUUCAGGACUACGGGGCUUGGGAAACGAUCUCGUCACAGAAGAAGGAUUUCAGAUAUUUCUGGGGCUGGCCUUAUACAGGAGACAAGGAUAGUAACCCCUACCCGGUGCUUAUUUCUCCCGAUUUUGAUAUCAGGCUACUUAAGAUCACAUACGGGCCCCGUCCCGAAGACUGGAUCUUCUGGUUCUCCGAGCCUUCAGAUCCCUUUGCCGGCGACUUCUGGGCUAUGAUUGAAGGGGAAGAACAUUGGAGAAUGGUUGAGAAAGGGUGGUUCUUCGACACCGACACCGAGUACCCCUUUAGGGAGGCCCGUGGGUGGUACUUUAACGAGGAAGAGAAGGACCCCGAUGAGGAAGGUGCGAGUAUCGAUGACUUGCCUAUGCCAGGGUCAUGGAGUGAGGAGUUGUGA